CCUAAACAGUUAACUCCAGUCUAAGCCCCUUGAAAUCAACGGGCGGAGACCGAAGGAGGCCUUUUUAGGAUUGCCCCGUAAGUCAGAUCUGCCCUUCGACUCCGACAAGAUUCGGAGCUGACGCUGAUCCUUCUCGCUGGGCCUCCUUCGCAGCGCCCUCCGGAGACAACAUGGCAGCCGAAUCUAUAAUCCGGAUUCCGCCGUAUCACUACAUUCAUGUCUUGGACCAGAACUCCAAUGUGACCCGAGUGGAAAUGGGGCCCAAAACCUACAUACGGCAGGACAAUGAAAGGAUUGUCUUUGCCCCAGUGAAGAUGGUGAUGGUCCCUCCACGCCAUUAUUGUAUCGUUCUCAAUCCAGUGGUUCGGGGAGUGGAUAAUGCAGUCCAGUUUGAUGCGGUGGGGCAGGUGCGGCUCAGACAUGCUGACUUAGAGAUCAGGCUGGCUCAGGACCCUUUCCCUUUGUACCCAGGAGAGGAGCUGCAGAAGGGUGUUACGGCUCUGCAGGUUGUCUCCGCUAAUACUGCGCUCCACCUCAGAGCUCUUCUGGACUUUGAAGAUGACGAGGAAGAGAAAUACGUUGCCGGUGACGAAUGGCUAUUUGAAGGACCCGGCACCUAUAUCCCACGCAAGGAGGUCGAGGUUGUAGAGACCAUCCAAGCCACUAUAAUUCGGCCCAACCAAGCAAUAAGACUUCAGGCCCGCAAAGAGUGUGUGGACAGAGAAGGGAAUACACGUGUGACAGGUGAGGAGUGGCUGGUGAAGCGGGUUGGGGCUUAUUUGCCUGGAGUCUUUGAGGAAGUGGUUGACACUGUAGAUGCUUUUGUCCUGACCGAGAAGAAAGCACUGCACCUCCGGGCCACCAAGACAUUCCAGGACUCCCAGGGAACCACGAGGAAAACAGGGGAAGAGUGGCUGAUCACCAUGGCUGACACUGAGGCCCACAUCCCGGAUGUUUACGAGGAAGUGCUGGGCAUUGUCGAUAUCACCACCCUGAACAGCUGCCAAUACUGUGUAGUUUGUGAUCCGGUGGAUGCGAGUGGCAAACCCCAACUCGGGCAGAAGAAAGUGAUUAAGGGGGAGACGUCAUUCUUCCUGCAGCCUGGAGAGUGGCUGGAACAGGGCAUCCAGGACACUUAUAUCCUCUCAGAAGAUGAGGGACUCUUGCUCCGUGCACUCCGACCCUUGGAAGACCAGAAUGAGGAUGAGGAUAAAGUUAUGCGCAAGCCGGGUGACCGCUGGCUGAUCCAGGGACCUCUGGAAUAUGUGCCGCCUGCAGAAGUGGAAGUGCUGGAGCGGCGCCAUGCUAUCCCGCUGGCUGAGAAUGAGGGCAUUUACGUGCGGGAUAUCAAGACUGGGAAGGUCCGAGCUGUAAUCGGCCACACUUACAUGUUAACUCAGGAUGAGGAACUGUGGGAAAAGGAGCUUCCUCCCUACAUAGAGACCUUGCUGGCUUUGGGGAGGAAUCCCUCUGUGGAUCGCUCCAAGGAGGUCUCUGAAGGGGGCGAUGGGCCCCCCCGUGAUCGGACCCGGGCAGUGAGCUACCAGGUUCCCCACAAUGCAGCGGUGCAAGUGUACGACUACAAGGAGCGUAAAUCCAGGGUGGUUUUUGGGCCAGAACUAGUGCUUCUGGGCCCAGAUGAACAAUUCACAGUGCUGAGUCUGUCUGGGGGACGGCCUAAGCGCCCCCAUGCCCGCCGUGCCAUCUGCCUCCUCUUGGGGCCUGACUUCUGCACAGAUGUUGUCACUAUUGAGACAGCGGAUCAUGCCCGCCUACAGCUCCAGCUGGCCUACAACUGGCACUUUGAGAUCCCUGCUGCUGCUGAGGCUUCCUGCCUCUUUAGUGUCCUGGAUUUUGUAGGUGAUGCCUGCAAGACGGUGGCCUCACGCAUCCGAGGGGCUGUGGCCGCUGUCACAUUUGACGACUUCCACAAGAACUCCAACCGUCUCAUCUGUGCGGCUGUGUUUGGCUUUGACGCCGAAGGGACACUGCGGACCUCCCUGCGCUUUGCCCCCAACGGCCUUAUCAUCAGCAGUGUUGACAUUCAGAGCGUGGAGCCGGUGGACCAGAGGACUCGGGAUGCCCUCCAACGCAGUGUCCAGCUUGCGAUCGAAAUCACCACCAACUCUCAGGAGGCAGCAGCUCGGCAUGAAGCGGAGCGACUGGAGCAAGAGGCACGGGGACGUCUGGAGCGGCAGAAAAUCCUUGACCAGGCUGAGGCCGAACGGGCCCGGAAGGAGCUGCUGGAGUUGGAAGCACUGAGCACGGCGGUUGAGAGCACUGGAGCUGCGAAGGCUGAGGCCCAGUCACGGGCAGAGGCAGCCCGGAUUGAGGGUGAAGGAGCAGUCCUGCAGGCCAAGCUGAAGGCGGAAGCAACAACCAUUGAGACUGCCUCAGAACUGCAGCGCCUGUCUCAGGCUCGGGAGCAGGAGCUCCGCUUCUCCAAGGCUCAGGCUGAUCUGGACGUAUCCCGUGCAGAAGCUUUGGCUACCGUUGAAGUGAAGAAAUUUGAGGCGGUGAUAAAGGCAAUGGGGGCUAACACCAUCCGUGACAUUGCCGUGGCUGGGCCUGAGAUUCAGGCAAAACUGCUCCAGGGCUUGGGCAUCCACUCCACACUCAUCACAGAUGGUUCCUCCCCGAUUAAUCUUUUUACAGCUGCAGGAGGGCUGUUGGGGAUUCUUCCCAAGCCUUCUGAGACCUGAUGGACGCUGGCAAUACACACCUCCCUGCCAAGCUUCUGAGUGCCUUAGAGAUCGAUGGGGCUGGGGCAAGUCUUCCUUUUCGUUUGGGGCUUCCCCCCUUGAAUGUGCCUUCACUUGAAUGUGUUUUUUUUGUUUCCUUCUGUCUUACGAGUUUUCUUUCUCCAGUUGUUGCUUGCUGAUUAUAAGAAGGGGGAAAAAGAAUCGCCUACAAUAAAGUCUUCUGUCCCAUACAA